AUGCAAAAGACUUUAGAUAGAAAAGAGAAUUACUCUAUAGAAGCUCUAGUUCUUGAUACAGCAUCUUUCAUUUCAUUUCCUAAAUCUUUGAUUAUGAAUAAGGCAUCUAGUUUUUAUACAGUUCCUAAUGUGAUGACUGAGAUUAAAGACGAAAAAUCGCUUCAGGAAUUAUCUUUAUGGAAAGAUAAAGUUAAUAUUCGGGCACCGCAGCUGUCUUCUGUUCAAGAAAUAAUUUCAUUUUCUAAAAAAACCGGAGAUUAUGAGGUUUUAAGUGUAACGGAUAUACAUGUUAUUGCACUUACAUAUGAACUCGAAUGUGAAAUGAAUGGAGACUCAAGAAAGUUGCAUAAAAAAUUAAAUCAACCGGAAAUAAACAAACAACAGCCGCCAAACCAUGAUAAUAUUAUUAGAAACGAAGAAAAUCAAAUCCUACAUAUUCUUGCAGAUCAAGUAUCUCUUCAAGAAAAACUCGAAAAUAAUAAUUUAACGAAUGAAAUCGAUGAAAUUGUGAAAGAUACAGAAAACCUAACUUUUGAAGAAAUAGAUGAAGACAGCGACGGCUGGAUUACACCCUCAAAUAUUCAUUAUCAUAAAUCAUUAAGUGAAAAAACAAAUGUAAUUUCCAUCAAAAAAAACACACAAAUAAAAGUGGCAUGUGUUACAACUGAUUUUGCAAUGCAAAAUGUUCUUUUACAAAUGAAUUUGAAUCUUGUUUCACAAGAAACUGGGUUAAGAAUUAAAACUGUUAAAUCAUGGGUCUUAAGAUGUUAUGGAUGUUUCAAAAUUGUUAAAGAUAUAUCAAAAAAGUUUUGUCCUGGAUGUGGUGGGAAUACCCUUUUACGUACAUCUUGUUCUAUAGAUUCUAAUGGUAAAUUUCGAAUUUAUCUUAAACGACAUAUGCAAUGGAAUAAUCGGGGUACUAUUUAUCCUAUUCCUAAACCUCAUCAUGGAUCAGCAUCCGGUAAAGGUUAUAAGCAGUUAAUUUUUCGUGAAGACCAAAAGGAAUAUCAAAAAGCAAUAAAAUAUCAAAAACGGAGAAAAGAAAGAGAUUUAUUUGAUCCAGAUAGCAUUCCUGAUAUUUUAACAGGCAAAAGGGACAUAUUACGUCACGAUAUAGUAAUUGGAAUGGGCAGAAAAAAUCCUAAUGAAAAAAAGAAAUCAAGAUAA